AUGGAAUCUGUCCUCCCGCUCUUCGAGAAAUACAGAGAUAAGCUGGUGGCCAUGGGCAAGAUCCCUGUGAUGUUUCGUGCAAGAUCACUGUGUGUGCUGACCAUCAGGCGGACAGAGGAGACGGUGCUCUGUGGGCCCUGUGGCAGUGAAACCCAAGGCGUGCCGGCCAUUCUAGAACAGGCUGAAUUCGAACCUUUCGCUGAGGCUCCUAGCUGGCAGCAGCUCUGCCUGCUGUGCGGAGCCAAGCGUGUAACAACUGUAAGAAGUGUGUGUGCCUGUAUAUAUGCACUAUAUUCGCUGGUGAACGCUUUCCAGUGGAUCCAGUACAGCAUCCUCAGCAACGUCUUCGCCGGCUUCUACGGCGUCUCCUUCACGCAGAUAGACUGGCUCUCCAUGGUCUACAUGUUGGCCUACGUGCCGCUGAUCCUGCCCGCCACCUGGCUGCUGGACACCCGUGGCCUGCGCCUCACCGCCCUGCUGGGCGCCGGCCUCAACGGCCUGGGCGCCUGGCUCAAGUGUGCCAGCCUGGCCCCCGACCGGUACCCCCUCACCCUGGCGGCCCAGACCGUCUGCGCCGUCGCCCAGGUCUUCAUCCUGGGGCUGCCCUCGCGCGUCGCCUCCGUCUGGUUCGGCCCCACCGAGGUCUCCACCGCCUGCGCCGUGGCCGUGCUGGGCAACCAGCUUGGCACUGCAAUUGGCUUUUUGUUGCCACCUGUUUUGGUUCCAAAUACACCUAACGAUAUCAAUCUAAUGGCACAUAACAUCAGCAUCAUGUUCUACGGAACAGCGAUGGUGUCCACACUUUUGUUCUUCUUAACAGGUGUUGUGUUUGAAGAAAAGCCCAAAUACCCUCCUAGUCACUCUCAAGCAGUCCUGCAAACUAUGCCUCCCGAGGAUUACUCCUACAAGCAGUCGAUUAUCAACUUGUUCAAAAAUAUUCCCUUUGUACUUUUGCUGAUCAGUUACGGUAUUAUGACUGGGGCAUUUUAUUCUGUCUCCACGUUACUAAACCAGAUGAUAGUAACUCAUUAUGAGGGAGAAGAAGUGAACGCUGGGAGAAUUGGCUUGACACUGGUGGUGGCAGGAAUGGUGGGUUCGAUUAUUUGUGGUUUGUGGCUGGAUUACACUAAAACAUACAAGCAAACUACUUUGAUUGUUUACAUACUCUCUUUCAUUGGGUUGCUGGUAUUUACUUUCACUCUGGACCUCGGAUACCUUAUAGUAGUAUUCGUGACUGGAGGAGUGCUUGGGUUCUUCAUGACUGGCUAUCUUCCACUUGGGUUUGAAUUUGCUGUGGAAAUUACAUACCCAGAGUCUGAAGGCACUUCCUCAGGACUCCUUAAUGCAUCAGCACAGAUAUUUGGAAUUGUCUUUACACUUGUUCAAGGAAAACUCACAACAGACUACAGUCCUCGUGCAGGAAACCUUUUUCUUUGUGCUUGGAUUUUUGUGGGCAUUAUUCUAACAGCAUUAAUAAAAUCAGAUUUGCGAAGACACAAUGUGAAUUCAGGGAUUAUGAAUUUGGAUGUUAAAGCUGUACCAGUUGAGAGUCCUGUAGAACCUGAAAGUACUACAUUAAAAAUUCAGUCGGCUUUAUAA